ACUGCGACAGACUAACAGCGUGUUUGAUGUUCGUUCCGCAAAAUUAUAAUUCCAUGAAAUUCGUUCCUUAGAUGUACCUAUAAUUACCUUAUUGCUAAAUUUCUUCUACACUACGUUGAGAAUUCGUGAAUUGAUUAUAACAAAGUGAAUUUAUAAUACCGAAGAGCAGUUAAAUUUUGGGUAAAAUGAAUUAGGUUAUAUUUAGCAUCGCAAAUUGUAAUCUACUUAAUCUAUUAGGUUUAACGAUAAUAGCGCUUCAUUGAAUUGGCAGAACGGCUAAGCUAGCUGACGAUUGCGUAUCGGUAAUAAGCUAGAGCCAGAUUUCUCCCACGAGUAAAGCGCUAACGAAGGCCCUCUAAAAUUGAGAGGAACGGUCAAAGACCAUGUAAGCAAUAAUACUAAUUCCAAUCUAUUAUUAAAAUUCUAAUGAUUAAAUACAUUUGCAGCUUUAAGCUGGCGUUGAGUAACUCCGCUGCUAGAAGACUUUCACCAAUCCGAACAAUUACUUAAAGAUGAGCGAGGAUGCCGCUACCCAUAACUGCGGAGCCUGUAGAAACCCCGAUUCUGCUGAUGCGGGCAUGGUAGCAUGUGAUGAUUGCUGCGUCUGGUUCCAUUACUCUUGCGCAGGAGUAUCGCCCGAAGUAGCCAAGCGACCGUGGAAGUGUAAAACCUGCCUUGCCCCACUCGGGACGACUCCACUCAACACCGGAGCGAGCAAGAAGAACCAGAGAACCGCCCCUACUGGUAAAAAGGGCGACGAUGGAAAAAGUGUUCGCAGCAAUGUAGGUGCUAAAGCAGGUAAGAACGGUGCUAGGAACGUGCCUCCGCUAAACAGUGCCGAUUUGAACCCGAAAGACCCAGCAAAGGAUGUCGGCAUAGCGAAGUCUGUGAGAACCACUUCGUCGAACGCCAGAUUACAAGCGCAGUUAACCCUACAGCGCUUGGAGGAAGAAGCCUUGCUGGAGAAACGGAAGAUGGACGAAGAGCGGAGACAGUUGGAAGAGGAAAGAGCCUUGAUGGAAAAGGAGCGAACAAUCCGCAGCAGAGAAAUUGCAGCUCAAGAGAAGUACAUUCAAGCGAAAUUUGAGCUUGAAAGGCGCCUUGCGGAAGAAGACGGUAGUGCCCGACUUAGUGUUGCAGCCGGCCCGGCAAAAGUUCACGAUUGGCUAAAAGCGAAUCAGAUGCAGCUUGGUGCAGGUGUAAAGGUCCCGGAGGACGAAAAGGAACCGAAGCCGGUCGAAAGCCUGAAGGUGCCAUUGCUAGAAUACGAUCUACGUUCUGAAUCGAGUCCGAAACUGUCAGCGAUUCCCGAUUUUGUUCCUGAGCAACGGAACCUCGUAAGAAGACCCGAACGCGAAGAAGAACUGGAGGACCAGGGCCCGUAUUUCGGUCAAGAAUCGCCGAGCUUCGCUGGUUCAGUGGCAAGAAGUGUAACGAGAGAAGUAGGGCCCACAGCCGAGCAGCUAUCGGCGCGACAGAUAUGGCCAAAGAAGUUACCGAGUUUUUCUGGAGACCCGGAAGACUGGCCGCUAUUCUAUAGCAGUUUUGAGACGGGAAACACGGCUUGUGGGUUUUCAAACAUCGAAAACCUGAUUCGACUACGAGAAUGCCUUCAUGGUCCGGCUCGAGAAGCAGUCCUGACGAAGCUUAUGUUCCCUCACAGUGUCCCUUCGAUCAUGGAAACAUUACGCCGUUUAUAUGGAAGGCCAGAGCUACUAGUGAAAAAUCUCUUACAGAAAGUGCGACGUUUGGAGACGCCUAAACCGGAGAGGCUUGACACUUUGAUGGCCUUCGGGAUGGCCGUUAAUCAGCUGUGCGACCAUCUAGAAACAGCUAACCUGCAAGGACACUUGUUCAACCCCACACUCCUCGAAGAACUAGUGGAGAAAUUGCCGGCCACUGUGAAGCUAGAAUGGGUUCGGUUCAAGAGGUUGUUUAGGCACCCAUCGCUCAAAGAGUUCGGCGAAUUCAUGGAGACAUUGGUAGCCGACGCUAGCGAAGUUACCACUCUAGUUCAACCAAAACAAGGACCCUCGAAAUCGGACAAACAGCCACGGCGGGAGAAGGGGCAAAUCUACACUCACGCUUCCACCGCCAAGGAUAAGGACAGUUCUGAGAGACAACCUUGUCCAAUAUGCGCCGGAACUGACCAUAGGGUUCGGAAUUGCGACAAAUUUCAGCAAAUGGACGUAGACAACCGGGCUAAGGCGGUCGAACGAUGGAAGCUAUGCAACGUGUGUCUCUAUGAUCAUGGCAAAUGGAGAUGCCGUUCAAAAAUCCGUUGUGACGUGAAUGACUGCCAAGGACGACACCAUCCGUUACUGCACAGAUCGAUCACCCUAUCGCAGGGUGUCGUACAAAUUCACGAACGAUCGAAAAAAUCAGUGCUCUUCAGGAUCAUACCGCUAACGCUGCAUCACGGUUCUCGCAGUUGCAAUACGUAUGCAUUUCUGGAUGAAGGCUCUAAUAUGACACUGGUGGAAGACAGCUUGACUCAUCAGCUAGGAAUUGAAGGCGUACCGGAACCCCUGGAGUUGAAAUGGACAUCGGACAUCGGACGAGUGGAGUACGCUUCACAACGUACAGACAUAGUCGUCACCGGCGAGGGGCAAACAAGCUGUUACCGUUUAAAUUCAGCCCACACCGUUGGCUCUCUCAAUCUACCGCGUCAGAGUCUGUCGAUAGAGAAUCUGCAUGAACGAUAUCCCUACCUGCGCGAUGUCCCAGUGGCUUCGUACGAAAAGGCUGUUCCACGGGUACUGAUUGGACUCGAUAAUAUUGAGCUGUUCUCGCCUCUAGAAUGUCGAACAGGUGGAUCUGGCGAGCCAAUAGCAGUUAGAUGCCUUCUUGGCUGGACAAUCUACGGACCGGUCUCGACCGGUUCUGUUAUUCCUGGAAUCGUCAGCGUUCAUAGAUGUGGCUGUGAUGGUGACCAAGAAUUGAACGAUUUGGUUCGAAAGCAAUAUGAGCUAGAGGAAGCAGGGAUUUCGUCUUUUCCUUUGCUAGAACCUGCGGAGGAAAGGCGCGCUCGAAAAAUGCUGGAGAGCACCACGGUGAAAGUCGACGGGCGAUAUGAAACUGGACUGUUGUGGAAGUCGGACAACACACAAUUGCCAGAUAGUCGUUCGAUGGCUUUGUCCAGAAUGCGAAGUUUGGAGAUCAAAUUGGCGAAAAACCCUGAGUUGCGCUCGAACGUACACAACCAAAUUAAUGAGUACAUCAGCAAAGGGUAUGCUCAUAAGGCCACAGAAGAAGAGCUUGCUGCAAUGAAUAAACAUCAAGUUUGGUAUCUACCAUUGAAUGUGGUAUCCCACCCUAAGAAGCCCGGGAAGAAACGACUAGUUUGGGAUGCUGCCGCUUGUGUGAAUGGUAUCUCACUCAAUUCCCAACUUCUGAAAGGCCCGGACCAACUCGUUACGCUUCCCUCGAUUAUCUGUAAAUUUCGAGAACGCAGCAUUGGAUUCGGAGGGGAUGUGCGAGAAAUGUUUCAUCAGCUAAGAAUGAGACAAUCCGAUAAGCGCUUUCAGCUGUUCCUCUUCAGAUUUGACAACAGCAAACCCCCCGACGUGUACGUGAUGGACGUUGCGACGUUUGGGGCAACGUGCUCCCCUUGCUCUGCGAUGUACGUAAUGAGGUUGAACGCGGAUACCUGCAAGGAAGAAUUUCCGGAUGCUAGUGCGGCCAUAAAAGAAAAGACCUAUAUGGAUGACUACUAUGAUAGCCUCGACACACCACAGGAAGCAGGGAUACGAGCUGUACAAGUGAGGGAAAUUCAUGCACGUGCUGGCUUUGAAAUGAGGAAUUGGGUUAGCAAUAGCCCCAAAGUCCUCGGAAUGUUGGGAGAGGAAGACGCGAAGAAAUCACUGCAAAUCGCCACGGAUACGCAGAUGUCAGAAAGAGUGCUUGGCAUGACCUGGGAGCCAACAGAAGACGUGUUCUUGUUUUCUAUUGAUUUGCACGAGAGCUUGAUAGAUUACAUACAAGGCAGCCGACGUCCGACGAAAAGAGCAACUUUGCGGUGCAUUAUGAGCUUUUUCGAUCCUCUUGGGCUUUUGUCGCCCUAUCUGAUCCAUGGCAAGAUUAUCAUGCAGGAUCUGUGGCGUGCUGGUACGGAUUGGGAUGAAGAGAUAGGAGACGAUUUGUUUUCUAAAUGGUGUGAAUGGACCAAACUUCUUUCCAAAUUGAACUGCGUGAAGGUACCCCGAUGCUAUUUUGGGCAUGUACGGCCCGAGGACCUGUCGGAUUUGCAAUUGCACGUCUUCACAGACGCCAGUGAGCAGGCCUACGGAUGUGCUGCGUAUUUGCGAUCCGUUUCAGAAGGAAAAGUGCGAUGCACAUUGGUGAUGGCCAGGAGCAAGGUAGCACCGCUCAAGGCCAUGUCGAUCCCUCGAAUGGAACUACAAGCGGCGGUUCUUGGAUCGAGGCUUAUGGAUAGUGUUUGUACCAAUCACUCGUUGAAGAUAACAAAACGCUAUCUGUGGACAGACAGCAGCACAGUGCUAAGUUGGAUUCGUUCUGACCAUCGGAAGUUUAAAACAUACGUCGCACACCGUAUUGGAGAGAUUCUUUCCCUUACUCAACCGGAACAAUGGAAUUGGAUUGCGUCGCAGAAAAACAUCGCGGAUUGCUUGACAAAAUGGUGCAAGGAGACGGAGCCUACGUCCGAUGGAAGAUGGUUCAAUGGUCCGGACUUUCUUUAUACCCCCGAAGAAUGUUGGCCGACGAAGGAUACUGGACUCUCAAGAGCAGAAGAAGAAUUAAGGCCUCGUUUUGUUCUGCAUCAUACCACCUGCCCCAUGCCAGGCGGUAUAAUCGAUGUGAGCCGCUUUUCCAAGUGGGAGACUUUGCUCCGAACAGUAGCGCUAGUCAAGCGAUUUAUCUCCAACUGCAAACUGCGACUCAAGGGGCUACCAAUAGAAGCUGUAAUCGUGACUGAAAAGGUGCUGAAGUCUGCGACCUGGUCUGUUCCCGCACUCCAGACACCUUUGCGGCAGAGGGAAUUUUUGGAAGCAGAAAACCUGUUGUUUCGAAUCGCACAAUCGGAUAGCUAUCCUGACGAAUCAGAAAUACUGCUACAGAAUCGAGACAAGGCAAGUGACAAAUGGCUGAAUUUGGAAAAAUCGAGCGUUCUGUUCAAGAAGUCGCCAUUUGCGGACGAGUAUGGUGUUCUGAGGGUUGAAGGAAGAACCGCGCAUGCCAUGUACGCUGACUUCGAUGCUCGCUUCCCCAUUAUCAUGCCAAGAAAUCAUCAUCUAACCUUGUUACUGCUAAACCACUAUCAUCGCCGAUAUGGUCACGCGAAUAGAGAAACUGUGGUGAACCAGGUUCAGCAGCGGUUCGAGAUUUCUAAUCUGCGUACUACGAUCGAUAAAGCAGUUAAAGGAUGUCAGUGGUGCAAAAUUAAGAAGUGCAAGCCGCAACCACCUAGAAUGGCGCCCCUACCGGAACAACGUUUGACACCGUACAUCCGUCCGUUUAGCUACGUGGGACUGGACUAUCUAGGGCCACUAGAGGUAGUUGUAGGAAGACGCAGGGAGAAACGUUAUGUGGCGGUCUUUACGUGUCUCGUGGUCCGCGCAGUCCACCUCGAGGUAGCAUAUGACCUGUCUACACCGUCCUGCAUAAUGGCAAUUCGGCGGUUUGUUCGGAGGAGAGGAUCCCCAGUAGAAUUUUUUUCUAAUAAUGGGACCAAUUUUGUCGGCGCCAGUCGGAUAUUAGCGGAGCAAAUAAGAAGAAUCAAUCUGGACUGUGCAGACACAUUCACGGACGCCAAAACCAAAUGGACCUUCAAUCCUCCUGGUGCGCCCCAUAUGGGUGGCGUCUGGGAGCGCAUGGUCAGAAGCGUAAAGGAAGCAAUGCGGGCAUUGGACGACGGCAGGAAACUCGAUGAUGAAGUUUUGGUAACCGUUCUGGCUGAAGCAGAAAGUUUCAUCAAUUCACGACCCCUUACAUAUAUGCCACAAGAGUCGGGAGGUACUGAGGCAUUAACCCCGAACCAUUUUAUCUUCGGGAAUUCAUCCGGUGCCCACAAUCCACUAAGGACUCCAGUGGACUUAGCUGAAGCACUUCGCAACAGUUACAUGCGGUCUCAGUAUCUAUCCGAUACCAUGUGGGACCGCUGGCUGAAGGAGUAUUUCCCUGCAAUGAACAAAAGGUCGAAAUGGUUUUGCGACACCAAGCCGGUGGAAGUCGGCGAUUUGGUCUACGUAACGGAAGGCAAAAGGAGGACUUGGGUUCGUGGUAAGGUUGAAGAGCUUAUUAUCAACAAGGACGGGAGGGUACGUCAGGUCAUGGUGAAGACUGCUUCAGGUACGUUUAAACGACCAGUAGUGAAACUGGCAGUAAUGGAGAUUUUGGACGACUGUGAAUCCAGAGCUAACCGUCGGGAAAUACCACCGGAUUCACGGGGAGGGGCAUGUUAUGGCAACACUGAAAACCCUCUCUCGCCUACCGAACCUGGAGCUCAAGCUUUAGGUGACACUUCUCGUGAGUGACGUGGA